ACCAUCUUAGUUUAGCAUAUCAGUAGCUGAGGCUGAUAGGAGUGUGAAAUUUGAAAGUAUUAAGUCAAAACCAAAGUAUUGGUCAAAUAUACAUUUUUUUCCAAUUCAGUGAUUACCAUCUGCACACCUUAUUUGACAUAUGUGUCUGUUGGUUUCUUCUUUUGCAAUUUUCAGCCAGGUAGUCAGUGUGUCACCGUGCAUGUCAGUGUGCUUUGGCAAGAUGAGGAACUGAUCAAACAUGAGUGCAAGAGAUAGGCACAGAGAGUCCCAUAUUAGAGGAAGCCGCUAAAUAAUAAUUAAUUACAGGUUGGACAUCAUGAUCCCUCUCUGACUCUAUAAAUGGUGUCCAGGGCCAGCCUGUCAGACACACACAGGCACUGUUGUGUAGAUGAAUCUUUCUUGCAGCGACCGAUCUUAGUCAAAUCAACUGACAAAUUCACAUCAAGAUGGGGAACAUGCAAUGCCCUGCUGAGGACGCAGCCCUCCUGGCCUCUGUUGCUCGAGACAUCUGCCCUUUUCCAAACUACAGCCCCAGUCCUCUUUUUGCAGACUUGCUCUUCAGCAACUCAUCUUCUCAAGUGAGGAACCACUACACAGCAGUGCAGUCCUCCCUGACCCCCGUGCAGCUGGAGGACUUCACCCAGAACCUGAGGACCACUUUUGGCAGGGAGGGCAAAGUCACUCUCGGUGGGGUGGGGGUAGUGGCCUUGUCCCUGGCUGUGUUGUUUGACACUCUUGCUAGACAGGCCAGAGGAGAGUGGGUGCCAGAGUCAGGGCCUAUUCCUGGUUUAUUUGUCAAAGACCUGAGAGGGUACUACCCACCACAUGUCUACACAGUCAGUGAGUACCUGAGGCUCGUACCCCACAUUGCAAACAACCCCACCAGGAUGAGAAAGGAGACAGAGAGGUACUUCAGGCAACUCAUGAUUGAUGAACAAACUGUGAACAGAGAUCCAUACCUUACCGAAGAUGCCAUCGUAGGGGUCAACAAGUUGUUUGGGAAUGUAUUUGAAAACAGUUUGCACGUUCACCUCCUCCGUAUUACCAACUCUACAGUUGUAGAUAAUAUAAUGAAGUCUGUUAGCAACACUGAAAUAAGAGGUAAUGCAACUCAUGUCAGCAAAACCAGAAAGAAACGUUUGCCUCCCCCUGAAAACUCAGUUAUCUUCAACCUCAACUGUGAUCCAGAUGCAGCUAGCAAAGUUUUUUUGGCUGAAGUGAACAAAGCAAACGACAUGCAAGAGGCUUAUAAACGAUGUCUACCUUUCAACAUACCAAAGACAUGGUUGCAUUUCAUUGCCAGGCUAGUCUGGCUAGAUGUAAUCAACAACCCCAUGUUUGACUUAAAUCGUUUAAAGGAAUCACUGGUAGCUCAAAAACAAGAAGAUUUUGACCUAAAGGCCGAUGCACUCAGAAAAUGGGCAGAGUAGUUCACUGGUCAACUGUCCAAAUGCAGAUGAAAAAAUGAAAUAAAAGUUGAAGUUCAUCACUCUGUAA